AUGAAAACAAAUCAAAAGAAGAAUUUAUCAUCAAAGAGUAAUAAUAAUAAUAAUUCAAGGAAUCCUUCAUCGUCAACAUCAGAAACCAGUAGUAGUGAUAAUUUUAUAGUUACUAAACAAUCAUCACUUUGUAUAUUAAUUCCGAAUAAUCAUGAUGAUGAUAAUUAUGAUGAAAGUAGUUCCGGAUCAAACUCUUCACUUUUUGAUCAUGUACAACAUAUUAGACAGGAGAAUGAUAAGAGUUUCAACCGAUGGGCUCCACAUUUGAAUUUAAUGUAUCCGUUUGUACAUAAGAAGAGUUUUUUCAAGGCCAAACAAUUAAUUGAGCAAGUUAUUAUUGAGAAGGAACAAGUGAAGAGUUUUGAGAUUGAUUUUCCACCUCAUCAUGUCUAUUGCAGACAAUUUUCAAAGUUUGUGUUGGCAAGUCCAACAGAUGAAAAGCAACUGGAAAUAUUGCAGAAAAUUUAUGCCAUGCUGAAGGAGAUUUUCCCACAAUGUGCUGCAACUGGUGCUUUGGAGGAAGGUGAAGGAAAGAAUGGGAAUGUGGAAGAAAAGUUUCAUCCCCAUUUAACACUUGGUCAAUUAUCAAAUUCAAAUUUAGCAAACGUGAAAAAAACAAGGAAUAAUAAUUCAACCACUAAUGAAUUUGAGAAGAUUAAGAAUGAAUGGCAGGGAGGAAAGUUUAAAGUAUGUGAAUUGGUUUUCAUGUGGAGAGAAUCUCUUGAGGAACCAUUUCAUGUCACUGAAAGAAUACCUUUAACCAUUUAA